AUGGAUUCAUGUGCAAGUGACUUAAGGUGCUACUAUCCCAAGGCCUCGGGUUACUACUGGUUAUUGGCUUUUCUUUUCUUUUUAAUCUUUCACUCUUAUUUGUGCCACACCUCCGCCUCUAUCCUUCAUCUUUUAUAUAACCAUCGAUACAUCCGAGUCUGUGACAGAAAAGAUAAACAGCUUGCUGUUUCCACCUUGCUGCAAAAAGUAGUCUAUUGA